UGGGAAUUGUUUUUUUUUUUUGACUUGACAGACUGACAGCACAUUGUGGUCUUGAAAAAAGUAAACAAACAAAUGGUUCGUGUUAAAAGCAGAUACAUUGUUGUUCAAAUAAUACCUCAUGAAUCUUGCACGGGAAAUGUUUCAUUUAAUGACAACGUCCUGACAAAAAGCUUUCUCAAGUACAUCAAACAAUAUUAUGGUGAUUUUGGAGUUGGAUCUUUAGAACAUGGAUUUCGUAUAAAAUAUUGUAAUGAUAAAACUAAAAUUGCUAUAAUUCGUUGCAGGCACAAGCCGCACAGGUUUGUUGCAAGUAUUUUGCCUCUGAUCACUGUGAUUGGUGACUAUAGAGCGAAGUUCCGAACUCUUUAUACUGGCGCAACAAUUAUGCAAUGCAAUAAGUUUAUUGUAAGACACCAACGAGAAUUUUUAGAUCGAAUGGUUGGACGCAUUGCAUCGGCUAAGGAGCGAAAUGAUCUGAUAAAAAGUGUCCUUGAAUUUGAACUUGCUUAGUGCUAAAAUAUGAUUGUUUAAUUUUAGUUUGCAUCAUAAUAUUUUUUAUAUUUACUUAAAUAAAACUUCUUUUUCUUUAAAAUUA